AUGAUGAAGGCCAAGGAAAAGGCCGUUAAGACGCUGACUGGCGGCAUUGAGUCGCUGUUCAAGAAGAACAAGGUCACGUACAUUAAGGGACACGGUAAGAUCUCGGCUCAGGGCGAGGUGUCCGUUGCUCUUAACGACAACAAGGGCAACGAGACGGUUAAGGCCAAGAACAUCAUCAUUGCUACGGGUUCCGAGGUGACUCCGCUCCCCCCCGUUCCCGUGGACAAUGCUGCUGGCAAGAUCAUCGACUCCACGGGUGCUCUGGAGCUUAAGCGCGUCCCGGAGCACCUCGUGGUGGUCGGAGCAGGUGUCAUUGGACUGGAACUCGGCUCUGUGUACAAGCGUCUGGGCGCUAAGGUCACAGUGGUCGAGUUCCUGGACGCUGCUUGCCCCGGUAUGGACAAGGAGGCUGUCAAGGAGUUUACCAAGCUGCUGAAGAAGCAGGGACUGGACUUUAAGUUCGGUACCAAGGUGACGUCUUCCGAAGUUAACGGAGACGUCGUCAAGCUCACCACGGAGCCUUCUAAGGGCGGUGACGCGUCUACUAUUGAGUGCGACACGGUGCUGGUGGCCACUGGCCGUCGCGCCUUCACUGCCGGCCUCGGUCUGGAGCAAAUGGGCAUCCAGACCGACAAGCUCGGCCGCAUUGAGGUGGACGACGCCUUCCGUACUCAGGUGCCCGGUAUCUUUGCCAUUGGCGAUGUGAUCAAGGGCGCCAUGUUGGCUCACAAGGCCGAGGAGGAAGGUAUCGCCUGUGUGGAGAACAUUGCCGGCAAGCAUGGCCACGUUAACUACGGCGCCGUCCCUGGUGUCAUCUACACGUUCCCGGAGUUCGCGUCGGUGGGCAAGACGGAGGAGGAGCUCAAGGCUGAGGGAAUCGAGUACAACGUGGGCAAAUUCCCCAUGAUGGCCAACUCGCGUGCUCGUACUGUGGCUGAGUCGGACGGUCUGGUGAAGGUGCUGGCGGACAAGAAGACGGACAAGCUGCUUGGAGUGCACAUCAUCGCCAGCAACGCCGGUGAGAUGAUCGCUGAGGGUGUGAUCGGUAUUGAGUACGGCGCUGCUAGCGAGGAUCUGGCGCGUACGUGCCACGCCCACCCGACGCUGAGCGAGGCGUUCAAGGAGGCGUGUCUGGGCGCGUUUGACAAGCCCAUCAACUUUUAA